UAAAGUUAUUGGUAGGGAUGCAAUUACAACUUUCCGUCAACAUAAAUACGGAGAAUCACAACUGAGUUGCUAUCAGUUUCAAUCUACAGAUCAAAGUGCAAACAACACAGUUAAAAAAAAAUACAAAAAAACAAUCAACAACAAAAAUGGCCGUUAAGAUGAUCAUUUUCGCAACCUGCGUGGCCGCCGCACUCGCCGACUACGCUGCCCCGGCUUACCCAGCACACCACGCUUACGCCGCUGAACACUCAGCCCCGACCCCAUACAACUUCGAGUACAGCGUAAGCGACCCACACACUUACGACGUCAAGAGCCAAUCCGAACACAGUGACGGACACGGAAACGUCAAGGGAUCGUACAGCCUUUUGGAAGCCGACGGUUCCACCCGCGUCGUCGAAUACACCGCCGAUGACCACAGCGGUUUCAACGCUGAAGUCAAGAAAAUCGAAGGACACGGACACGGUUACAGCGCACCCGCUUACAAAUCCGCCCCGGCCUACAAAUCCGCACCGGCUGCAUACGCCGGACACUCAUACGCCGCCCCAGCUGCAUACGCCGGACACUCAUACGCCGCCCCAGCUGCAUACGCUGCACACUCUUACGCCGCCCCAUCUGCAUACGCUGGACACUCGUACGCUGCCCCAGCUCACUCUUACGCUGCUCCAUCCGCAUACGCCGGACACUCAUACGCCGCCCCAGCUGCAUACGCUGCACACUCUUACGCCGCCCCAGCUGCAUACGCUAGCCACUCGUACGCUGCCCCAGCUCACUCUUACGCUGCUCCAUCCGCAUACGCCGGACACUCAUACGCCGCCCCAGCUGCAUACGCUGCACACUCUUACGCCGCCCCAGCUGCAUACGCUAGCCACUCGUACGCCGCCCCAGCUGCAUACGCUGGACACUCUUACGCUGCCCCAGCUCACUCUUACGCCGCCCCAGCUCACUCUUACGCCGCCCCAGCUUACAAACCAGCUGCAUACAAGGCUUACUAAUAAUUUACUGUCAAAAAUUUUAUUUUUUUUUGACAUUGAGCUUUAAUUUCCAACUUCGGAAAUCUGCUCUUUUGUUAUACCAUCCGUACAUAAUAUUGUCUAAUUUGUUUUAUUGUUAAAAAUAUAAUAAAUUAUAUCAAUACAAUUGUAAUAA